GGGAUUCGAGACCGAGAGAGGGAAAUUGGGGGAGCCAGGCGGCAGUUGGGAGCGGAACCAAUCUGGGUAGGAAACACCGGAAACGUGGCUCCGCCGGCGAGGGACGCUUCCCUCUCAUCUACGCAAUCUUCGGUAUCGCGGAGGAAGAGCGCUGGUUCCUCUUCUUCAUCGUCUUCUUCGGUGCCCACCAGGAUCGUGUACAGAGGGUCUAUUUCUCCAGUCCUUCCUUUCUGGCAGCAGAAUUGGUUCCUUCUCGCCCUUUUCUCCAUGGGAGCCUCCCUCCUAGCCCUUUCCGUCUUCCUUCUCCUGAAUCUUGACUCCGACUUCUCCUAUACGUCCCCGGUUUCGGCUAAUCCUGAAGGGGUCGAGAUUACGUAUGGGUCGGUUCUGAAAUUGAUGCACGAGAAGACGAAAUUCCGGUUGCAUUCUCAUGAGGUGCCUUAUGGCUCUGGAAGCGGUCAGCAAUCCGUCACUGGUUUCCCUAACGUUGAUGACGCAAACAGCUACUGGAUUGUAAGACCUCAGCCUGGUACAUCGGCAAAGCAAGGGGAUGUUAUCAAUAGUGGGGCUAUUAUCCGUUUACUGCACAUGAGAACCCGAAAAUGGCUUCACAGUCAUUUGCAUGCAUCCCCUAUAUCUGGCAAUCUUGAGGUGAGUUGCUUUGGCAGCGAUUCAGAAUCAGACACUGGAGAUUUCUGGAGGCUUGAGAUUGAGGGGAAUGGAAAGACUUGGAGGCAAGAUCAGAGAAUAAGGCUUAAGCACCUUGACACUGGGGGGUAUCUUCAUAGUCAUGAUAAAAAGUACAGCCGUAUAGCUGGUGGUCAGCAAGAGGUUUGUGGAGUUCGAGAGAAGCGUGCAGAUAAUGUCUGGUUGGCAGCAGAAGGGGUCUAUCUUCCAAUUUCAGGAGGCGACAAAUCAUCGUCCUAAUAAUGUAUAAUACCUUGUGGUAACUGUCCAAAUCUGGUCCUCGAGAUCUUUAUGACUCACUUUUUGCAUAGGCCAAGACAUCGUAGGAAAUCAUUGUUUAGCUGAGGAACUUUAUCUUCAUUACCAGGAAAUGUAGUGUUACUAAAAGAUGCUAGAGUUACUGGGAAGAAGUUCUUGCAUUAAAAGGCUGUUAUCUGUUGUUUGAUUCCA